CGAGGAGACUCGGCCUGCCAGGAGCAAGGCGGAAGUGUGGGAGCGCCGAGGGGCGGAGGGGAGAGGCGAGGUCGCCAUGAGUGGGCUCGGCAGACUCUUCGGGAGGGGGAAGAAGGAGAAGGGGCCAACUCCUGAAGAAGCAAUACAGAAACUGAAGGAAACAGAGAAAAUACUGAUCAAGAAGCAGGAAUUUCUGGAGCAGAAGAUUCAACAGGAGCUGCAGACGGCCAAGAAGCAUGGGACCAAGAAUAAGAGAGCUGCCCUGCAGGCUUUGCGGAGGAAGAAGAGAUUGGAGCAGCAGCUGGCACAAACUGACGGGACGCUGUCCACCCUGGAGUUUCAGCGGGAGGCCAUUGAGAAUGCCACCACCAAUGCAGAAGUGCUGCGGACCAUGGAGCUUGCUGCCCGAGGCAUGAAGAAGGCCUACCAGGACAUGGACAUUGACAAGGUGGAUGAACUGAUGGCGGACAUCACAGAACAACAGGAGGUGGCCCAGCAGAUCUCAGAUGCCAUUUCUCGGCCUGUGGGCUUUGGAGAUGACGUGGAUGAGGAUGAACUGUUGGAGGAACUGGAGGAACUGGAACAGGAAGAGUUGGCCCAGGAGUUGUUAAAUGUGGGCGACAAGGAGGAAGAACCCCCGGUCAGAUUGCCUAGUGUUCCCUCUGCGAGUCUGCCUACAGCUCCCCAAGCGGAUGAAGAUGAAGAAGCACUAAAACAGUUGGCUGAGUGGGUAUCGUGAUGAACCGGGCCUUGUCUUCCUAACGCUGCCUUCCUUGGUUUACUUUCCUUAAGUGCCACAUGCUGAGCUAAAGCGGUGUAGCUUCUUGGGGCGGUCCUGCUGGGUGGUAGGAGAACCCGCCUGAGGCAGGGGGCUGUUGUUCUCCCAUCCCCGGCUCGGCUCUGAUGGGGGAACUUGCUGCGGAGGGAGCCCCUGGGCUCCCUUCUUGCUGAUCGCAGGUACAAUGCCCUGGUUCCAAAUAAACGCGGGCAGAUGGACUCCUGGCGUCUGCCUUCUCUACACCUGAAA